AUGAAAGAAAGCCAUUUGAUCAACUUCAUAAUAUUUACUUUGCUAUAUGUCUCUUCUUCUUCUUCUUCUCUGAAGCAUCACCACUGCGCUCCUGCCGAUGCCUCUCUGCUUCUGCAUUUCAGAAACCAUUUUAACAUUGAUGAAUCUGCGCCAACUAUAUGUGUAGGCUUGCAGCAACAACCAGUGAAGAAGUUAAAUUGGGAUGAGAGCUUAGAUUGUUGCAAAUGGGAGGGUGUUACCUGUGAUGCCUCCACUGGCCAUGUCAUUGCCUUAGACUUUAGCUGCAGCAGACUUCAAGGAUCCAUCAACACUAAUUCCACCCUUUUCCAACUUCAUCACCUUCAAACCCUCAAUCUUGCCUUUAAUAAUUUCUCUUCCGCCUCUCUUCCACAUGCCAUUGGUAAUUUGACCAGCUUGACUCACCUAAACCUUUCAGGCUCUUCCUUAUCUGGAGCAAUCCCAUUUGAAAUUUCACACUUGUCCAAGUUAGUUUCUCUUGAUCUUUCUCAUAACUUUUAUGGCUUUAGUUCGGAUUUAUUGUUUCUCUAUAAUCUCACAAAGCUUGAGGUAUUAUCUAUGUCUCAAACUGGUCUCUCAUUUACCAUACCAAGGAAUAUAUCUGCUUCAUUGCGACAUUUAGAUCUUUCAUUCAACAAUAUAGUUGGCUCUAUUCCUGAUAACAUUUUCCAGCUGCGGAAAUUAGAAUCACUUAUUCUACAGCAGAACAGGGAGCUAGUUGGUUCAUUACCAAAGCUCAGUUGGAAUUGCAAUCAUAGUCUACAAGUGUUAGAUAUUGGGUUGACGAAUAUUUCUGGAGAGAUACCGAAUUCAAUUGGCAAUCUCAAGUUCUUGAAAUAUUUUUUGGUUGCUUCGGGUAGUUUCUUUGGAAAGAUACCAAAUUCAAUUGGCAAUCUAACACAUUUGAAAGUAAUGAAUUUUCAGGGUAAUGAAUUGAGCGGUAGUCUUCCACCCACAAUCUCAAAUUUGAACCAACUAACUGAUAUAUUCCUUUCAAACAACCAUUUUGAGGGAGAAAUUCCAGAUAUAUUUUCUAACCUCCAAGAGCUCAUCAAUUUAUAUCUCUAUCAAAGCAAUUUCUCCGGUUGUUUCCCAUCUUCAAUUGUAAACCUUACUCAACUUGAAGUUUUAGAAUUAAGUGGAAAUUCACUAACUGGUUCUCUCCCGCUUGGUUUGACCAGACUCCAAAAGCUCCAAUUGCUAGGGUUGUCUAGAAACAUGCUAAAUGGCACUAUACCUCCCUGGGUUUUCUGCAUUCCUUCUUUACAGUCUUUGGGACUUGGCCAAAAUCAGUUUAUAGGGCAUCUUCCUGAGAUUUCAUGCAAUUCAUCAUUAUCCGGUGUUGAUUUAUCUAACAAUCAAUUAGAUGGGUUAAUCCCUCAAUCAAUUUCAAAACUUGUUCAUGUAAGUGUCCUCAACUUGGCAUCCAACAAUUUCAGUGGCGGGGUACUCACAGAAAUUUUUUUAAACAUUAAAAAUCUUUAUGUGCUUAAUCUUCAAUCCAACAAAUUCAAUGGCACUAUACCACCCUGGGUCUUUUGCUUUCCCUUUUUAUAUGAGUUGGACCUCAGCCAGAAUCAUUUUACAGGGAAUCUUCCUGAGAUUUCAUGCAAAUCAUCAUUAAGCAAAGUUGAUUUGUCUAAUAAUCAACUAGAUGGUUUGAUUCCUCAUUCAAUUUCAAAACUGCUUCAAGCAAACACCCUCGUCUUGGCAUCCAACAAUUUCAAUGGCACUAUACCUCCUUGGAUUUUUAUCAUUCCCUCUUUAUUCAACUUGGACCUCAGCAGAAAUAGAUUUACAGGGAAACUUCCUGAGAUUUCAAACAAAUCAUCAUUAAUCUUUGUUGAUUUAUCUAAUAAUCAACUAGAUGGUUUGAUCCCUCAUUCAAUUUCAAACCUUCUUGAUGCAACCUUCCUCAAGUUUGCAUCCAACAAUUUCAGUGGUGAGGUACCCAUAGAAAUUUUUCUGAACAUUAAAGGUCUUAUCGUUCUUAAUCUUGGAUCCAACCAACUCCAAGGACCUUUAAAUAAAGCCAUUUGCAACUUGACUAUGCUUGAGGUUUUGAUAUUAAAAAAUAACAAGUUCAAUGGAAAAAUUCCACAAUGCUUGGGUGAACAUAACCUACUAUCUGUGUUGGAUUUGGGAACGAACAACUUUAACUUCAUUGUUCCCACAAUGUUUGCAAAGGGAAACAACAUAAAAACCAUAGCUUUGAAUGGGAAUCAACUUCGAGGCCCUAUUCCAAGAUCUUUGGCGAAUUGCAGUCAACUAGAGGCUCUUGAUUUGGGGAAUAACAAGCUAAAUGACACAUUUCCAAAAUGGCUUGGAGAUCUUCUAGAGUUACAAGAGCCCUCCCAAAAUAUUUUUUCAAUGGCUUUAAAAGUAUGGUCAGUGUCAUACAAGAAAGCAAAAAAGAAGCAAGUUAUUUGGAAAUCAGUACCCCUAGGUGGUUAUACAUCAUUUCAAUCAAUUUAA